GAUGUCAAUGAGUGAUUAGAGUAAGACAGAAAAUCGGAUAUUUGUUACAGGAUAUUCAACAAAAGAUAAAAAUGAAGAUGAUAUUAAGACUCUUUUUUCCAAAUAUGGAGAAAUUAGUGAAUUUUCUUGGAAGGGUCGUUUUUGUUUCAUUGUAUUUUUGCAUAUAUAUAUUUAUAUUAGGCUUAUUCAAAAGCUGAAGAAGCUACAGAAGCAGUGAAUGAAAUGAAUUAAAAAGAUUUAGAUGGAAAUACUUUUGUCGUUGAGAUAGCUAGAGCCAAAAAAAAAGACGGUGAAUGCUAUCAAUGCGGCAGAAUAGGCCAUUUGUAAAUAAUAUGAUGAUAUGAAUUAGUGCUCGUAAUUGUAGAUAAAAAAGAAGAUCUUCAAGUUCAAGUUCAAGGUAAAUAAUUUAAUAAUAAAUAGACGCCACAAAAGAAAAAGUAGAAAAUAUAAAAAGAGAAGUCCCUCCAGUUCUUCAAGUUCAUCUUCUUCUUCAUCUUCAAGAGAUAAAAAGAAGAAAUAAAAAACUAAAAAAAGAAAAUAAUCCUCAUCUUCAAGUGAUUGAU